UGACAUUCAAAUCGUGUUUUUAUUUGAAUUAUUUAUUUGAAGGACUUUUGUGAAGGAAGUGAUCAAUGAAUGCAAUGAAUCGACAUUUUUGUCGCCAAAACAACGCAUUUUAAUCGACAAAUUGAAAGUCUGUUUUGUGGACCAAUUUAGUGAUCAGUCAUAAGAGCUGUCAUUGAUGUCAUUCUGCAGUUGGAAAAGUACUGAAAUAUAUCGUGACUUAUGGCGAUCGGGCAUGUAUGUGUGUUCCCAGUGUUCACACGAGCUGUUCUCGUCAGUCACUAAGUUUGAACACCACAGUCCGUGGCCGGCAUUCUCGGAGACCAUUAGACCAGACAGUGUUAAAUCCAAACCAGAAUUAGGUGACGGAUAUGUUGGACGAAAUGCUUUGAAGGUUGUUUGCGGUAAAUGUGGUAACGGUUUGGGACACGAGUUUCUCAAAGAUGGACCAAAUGAAAAGUCGCGGUUCUGAAUAUUCUCGGAGUCUCUGACUUUCAUUCCCAGAGAGAAAUUAUCUGUCGAAAUGUUGCAGAGACUCAAAGACUUGGACACUAAUAAUAAUACCGAUAACUCAAAUCAAUCGGUAAAUAGCAAUAAUAAGGAUAAAACAUGUGAUCUUCAAUAGCGUUGCAAAAAAAAUGUUUUAUUAUCACUAACUAUGAUGUCUUUUGUUCAAAACUCUUUGAGUGACAAAAGACUGAUGAAUAGUGAUUUCAUUGUUUACCAAAUAUGUUAAUUAAAUAUAUCCAUAGAUUGUUAAGUUUAAUAAUCUUUAAAUAUAAAAUAUCUUU